AUGAUGGGAGCGGCACGUGUGAAACGUCGCUUCAGUGCCGUGGUGGAUGGGCCAGUUGAGGAGGAGGAGGUCAUGAGGUUGGCACAGAGUGCUGCAGAUACUGCUAGGGCAGGAGGGAGCCCAACGGGGUCAGAGACCCCAACCAGUCCCUCCCCGACCCAUGCUCUCAACGGCAAAGCUCUACCUCUUCAGAGUAACACCAACAAUGCACGGAGGCAGAGUGCCAUUGGAGAGCCAGCUGGGGGAGAUGCAGGAGGAGAAGGCAGAGCGAGGGCAGAAAGAAAAUACCAGGGACCAAGGAGUACUAAAGGCAGUAGUGCAGGAGGGAGAGGGGAAGGCCGUUCUUCAUCAGACCAGGAUUCAUUCUCUUCCCCCUCCACUACCAGCCGCCCACGCAACAGACGCUCUAGCCGCAGGCCCCGACAACGCUUUGUGGGCAAGGACGGACGCUGCAACGUCACCUUCGUCAACAUGAGCGAGAGGGGCCAGCGGUACCUCAGUGACCUCUUCACCACCUGUGUGGACAUCCGCUGGCGCUGGAUGCUGGUCAUCUUCACCCUCUCCUUUCUUCUCUCCUGGCUUCUCUUUGGUUUUGCCUUCUGGCUCAUUGCCUCCGCGCAUGGGGACCUUUCCAUCAGGCUUACCCCCAGCUCAGGUUCCUCUCCAGGAUCAGGAGAAGCUGGCUCCGGAGGAGAGUCUGAUAGAGAGGCAGUGGUUAAAGAGCCUUGCUUCCUACAGGUGAACAGCUUCAUGGCAGCCUUCCUCUUCUCUUUGGAGACACAAACAUCCAUCGGUUACGGAUUCAGAAGCGUGACCGAAGAAUGUCCCCUGGCGGUGUUGGCGGUCGUUUUGCAGUGCAUUGUGGGCUGCAUUAUUGACGCCUUCAUCAUUGGGGCAGUCAUGGCAAAGAUUGCUAAGCCCAAGAAGCGCAACGAGACACUGGUGUUUUCGGACACAGCUGUGGUGGCACUGAGAGAUGGGAAGCUCUGCAUGAUGUGGAGGGUCGGAAACCUAAGAAAGAGCCACCUGGUAGAGGCACAUGUCAGAGCGCAACUGCUAAAGCCCAGGGUGACACCAGAAGGAGAGUUCCUCCCACUGGACAAUGCAGAUAUCAACGUGGGUUUUGACACUGGCACCGACCGCAUCUUUUUGGUCUCUCCUGUGACAAUUGUCCAUGAAAUUAAUGAAGAGUCGCCUUUCUUCGAGAUGGAUCAAAAAACCCUGGAGAAUGACUCUGAGUUGGAGGUGGUGGUCAUACUCGAGGGUAUGGUGGAGGCAACAGCAAUGACUACACAGUGCCGUAGCUCUUAUCUGGCCUCUGAAAUCCUUUGGGGACACCGCUUUGAACCAGUGCUGUAUGAGAGGAAAGACUGCUACCAGGUGGAUUACUCAUUUUUCCAUCGGACAUAUGAGGUCCCAAACACACCUUCUUGCAGUGCUAAAGACCUGGCUGAACAGACAUACUUUGACAGCUCACGCUCAUCAUUCUGUUAUGAGAACGAAGUGGCAUUGCAGCUGGUCUCACCUGAUGAGCCAGAUCAAGACCUCAAGUGUCCCUCUCCACCAACCCGAAGACCUUCCCUGGCAAAGCAUUUUCACUACAACUGAACCUGAAGAGUAGAAGGGUUCGUAGGAAGACAGGAAGUUGACAGGGAGUUUUAAAUGACAAAUGGGAAAAAGAUUAUUAAACAGGUGGACAUGAACAGACUAAGAGAUUUAAAAUUAUGUAAAGGCAUGAAUAUACCAGUGUGGGUCGAAAUAUGAGAAAGGGAAGAACAUCCAGUAUGGUAGUAAGCCAAACGAAUAGACUUUUGAAAUUAUUUAGAUUUAGUUAGGUUGUCCUGUGCAGAUCAAAAACAGAGAGAGGAAAUGGACAGAUAGAGGAAAAAGCUGGGGAGUUGGGUCACUGCUCUGACCUAGUUGUCUGAUUGGACCUGGCAGUCUUUCAGAAUCAUUGAAAACUUGUCAGUUAAGUCUCGCAUCUGGCCCAUCACUACCACAGCAUGAUCAUCUGCCUCCAGUUUCUGUCUGCCAGGAAAGGCAGCAGCGCCACCAUGUGGAUGCAAACUAUAAUUGCCCUUCCAUCUUUGUGAUCUGGAGACUUUUUUUUAACUCUGUUUGAUGUGGCUUCUGUAUUGAGUGAACAGUAAUGUAGUUGCUACUCAGGAAAGAAUUUCCACUAUGAUGUUGACUUAUCACCCCAUUGUUUUAUCUUCCUAUGGUAAGUAUGGAUAAUGCACUUUCUGUGAUGCUGGGGGGCUGUUCAGAGUAUAUUUGAGUAUUAGAGCAGGUGACCUGUUUGAGCCAAAGCAAAACAACCGUAACAUGUAGAAACAGCUAAAAAUUAGCAGCGGUUUUUGAGCUGUUUCUUUUCAUGUAACAUACUUUAUGCUUGUUUUUUUGGCUUAGUAAAUGUUCAUGUAUUUUAAAUAUUAGCUUUAUAUAAUGUAACUUUUUGUGUUGAGUGGACUUUGGUGUUCAAAGGAUAGUGCAGCAGGUACCCAGCAGGAUGGAUGAUGUUGGCUGUGUAAUCGCUGUGCAUUUUUCAUGCACUUAUAUCUGCAAUAGGCUGUUCAUGUUUUAUGUCACUAAAACCAAAAGUGAUAUUGUUUUGCUCUUUAACUUUUGGAUUCUUGAACUAACUGAACUCCAACACUGGAAUCUUUUAAGUGUCUUGGAAGUGUGAUAAUCCUUGCGACUGACUCUGAAACAGAAGGAAUUGCUGUUGUUGACUCUGUAAAUGCACCAGAGACUUAGUCACCUCCAACAUCACAACAAUGUGACUCAGCUGAACUGAAGUGAGAAAGACUGUCUAGUCUAGCUAUUGUUGGGGUGACUUGCUGUGUCUGCAUCUGUAAAACAACUGUCUUCCAUCCUUCUACAUGUGGACGAUCACAGAACUGGA